UCGUUUUUGAAGACGCCUGAAAUUCGCUGACUAUCCAAACUGCAACUAUUUAAUUAAUACAACCACAUGUGAAAGUAAUGACUUGUGUUCUUAAGAUAUUCGAGUAACUAUCGGAAAGGACUUUCUUCAACAGUCAACAAAAACUCAAGAUGGAUGCAGUCUCAGGGAAAAAGGCACCCGAGGGAACUGGAUCGGUGUCUGACCACACAUUCUGCCAGACAUGUGCGAACGAUGGCAAGGACAUCCCUCCUGAUGCCUUCUGUACCGUCUGCAAGGAGUUCCUGUGUUCCAACUGUGCCCGAGUACACAGGAACAUGACGUUUACCAAAAGCCACCCUCUUCAGGACAAGAGUACCAUGCCUUCUUCACUCCAACCAGAGAGUGAGAAUAAGCAUUUUACGGAAACAUGCCAACGCCAUGCCGAAGAGUUCAUAAAAUACUAUUGUCCCAAUCACGAGACUCUUCUGUGUGGAGACUGCUUGGCUGAGAAAAAACACAGGUCAUGCACUAUUGAAAGGAUUUCUCAAGUGGCAAAGCGGUACAAGGAGGGCCUAGAAUACAACGGUCUGAAGGCAGGACUUGUUCAUAUGGUCAAUGACAUCGGCAACCUUUCAGACAACAUACAAGCGAGCAUGAAAUAUACUGACGAAGAGAGCUUUACAAAUAUCAAUGCGCUUCGAAAGUUCAGGAAUGAUAUCAACCAAUACAUGGAUAAGAGGGAACAAGAGCUACUGGAAGAAAUUGAGCAGAAGAAACAAAAAUCACAAAGCCUGUUGAGUGAACUAAAAUCAAAUUGCCAAGACAUACUAGCUGCCACUGAGAAGCUCAAGGCUGAGCUACAAGACAAGGAGGUCAACAGUAACCAGCUGUUCAUAUCUGGAACAAGUGCAAUUAAGGAGUUAGUCGGUUUUCAGUCAGCCCUUAAAGACAUCAGAGGUAAAAAAAGUGUGUCAUACUUCAAGUUCACAAGGGACCCCGUCACAGAACAGCUGCUGGCUUCAUGCACAGCAAUUGGCAGAGUUGACCAGGUGGCGUCAGAUUUGGCAGACCAGGUGGCGUCAGAUUUGGCAGAUAAGGUGGCGUCAGAUUUGGCAGACCAGGUGGCAUCAGAUUUGGCAGACCAGCAGACAAAACUUCAGGAGCCAGCCUUAAACCAAGGCCGUGCAGACCUAAGACAGUACCAGUUUAGCAAGCUGCCUGGCAUUCCAGUGAAGACGGCAGCCGACACCAGUAACUGCUUCCUGACGGGUGUGGCCUUUCUGUCCGGAGACAGGCUCCUACUGGCUGACUUUAACAAUAACUCAGUAAAGCUUGUGGACACCACUACCAAUAAGAUGGUGUCCCAGGUGAAACUUCCGGGUAAGCCGUGGGGCCUGUGUCUCCUGCCCGGGGAAAGGGCACCCGUCACUUUGCCCAGUAAGAAGAAGAUACAGUUCGUAUCUACUCAUGGAAAUGUCACGCUACAGGAUGUUGUUAAAGUGGAUAAAGAGUGUAACGGAAUAGAUUUCUGUGAUGACAACUUGAUAGUGUCCUUCUGCCCCCCAGGUAAGGUUGGGUUGAUGGACAUGAAGGAAAAGGUGAAGAAGAGUGUGGACAAAGACAGCAGUGGAAAACCUUUGUUUAAGUAUCCCAGCUAUUUGACAGUGACCAGAGAGAGCCAGACUCCUUCGGUCAUAUAUGUCUCAGACUGGCUCACCCACACCAUAACCAAGCUGAGCAUCUCACUAGAGGUGCUCCAGUCGUACCAAGACCCGAUACUGGAAUACUCACAAGGUCUGACAGCUGUGGGGGACAACCAGCUGCUCGUGUGUGGGUGGUACAGUAAGAACAUUCUGCUACUAGACACGCUCAGCGGCAAGAUAACUCAACUGCUGGGGAAGGACGAGGGGAUAGAGUGUCCAUACAGUGUGGCUUACUGUUCACUGAAGAAGAUGUUGUUUGUCACCUGCUAUCCCUAUGACAGACCUGAUUCGGAUAAUUUCGUAAAAGUAUUCAACUUAGUAUAGUUCAAGUCUGUCAAUUAAUAUGAGUGAAAUCUGUAUCAGGUGUGAAGUAAUUGUUAUGUUUAAGAAUAAUUCUAAUGUAAAGGAUGAUACUGAUAAUACGCUUAUACAAUGCUUAAAUUCACAUAUCUCGCGAUUAAAUUACUGUGAGAGUAUUUGACGGAAAAUUGACUUUUAAAUUAGGUUGAACGGUUUCAUAAGUGACAAUUCGUGUAUUAAUUUGCUAUAAGACAUGAAUAUACGAGUAUGAGAAUGUGUAUUAUUUAUUGAAAUGGUAGUAGCUGAUUGUGUAUGAAAUAUACCAACAAGUUGGUUUCUUACUUGUGAAUGUUUAAUCAAACAAUGUAAUUGUGUAAUAGAAUAUAUAUUAUAGAGUAAUAGACACGAUGUGUCAUUUUUCAAUCAGUUUGUAUUUAGUAAAUAUGAUGUUUAUAAUGUGUUUAUAUUGAAAUUAAACAUACAUGUACGUGUCCUUAUAUAUGUAUAUUGAAUAUAGUUUUAUAGAAAUUGACCUUAGUGUGAAUUGUUUCCAAAAAAGAUGGAUUGAAUUGUUUGAACAGACUUUGACCAUAGUUAAAAUAGUUUCCUCCUAUAUUAGUUGAAUAAUUAAACAGACAUUGAACAAUAUAUAUGCAACUUGUUUCCUCCUAUAUUUCGAAUAAAUUGUACAAACAUUGGUGUACUAUAUGUAAAUAAUGUCAUAAAAGGUUUUAAAGGGACUCGCUCAUGUUUUAGGACCAAAACAUAUUUCCCAAGUAAUGCAUAUGAACUGACUUAUCAAAUUAUUAAUUUACUCGAAAUGAUGUAAAGGACCGAUUUCAUUAUACUGUAGUGAAAGAAAGCAAUCUGGUCUAAUUUGGCAGCAUUAUUAAUGUGAAAACCCCCCGCUGGCACAGCCCAAAUAGUUUUAGAAAAUCGGCAAUUCCGCCACUCGAAAGCUUCCCGUGACAAUAUUAAUCAACCAGUCUCGCAACAGCCUUUAGCUGAUUGUAAUGGGUGAUGAAACCGUGGAAUUCAAAGACAAUUUGUUAAGCUUAUAUCAACAUUUGUUGAAGAGGUACAACUGUCAUAGUUUUAACAACAGUUUGGUUUGACAAACUUUAAUUCGUCUGAAAAAAACAACAAAAAAGUGCAUCCUACAAACCAUGAACAAGUCCUUUUAAAUUCGAACUGUUGUUGUGUGUCCUGUGUAUCAUAACGGGCAAUUGUCCGGCA